AAACAACUCGCAAUUCACGUCAGUCUCUACUUGCCUCUCGUCGAAAUUAGUCGUUUCACUGUGAAAAAUAAAAAAAAAAUGUUUCUGUGCAGCACUUGUGGGGAAUUGUUUUCCUAUAAAAGGAAUUUGACAAGACAUGCGAAGACUUGUAAUGCCAAUGAAAUCCAAACUGCCACGCCCCAAACCAGCGUGGACGAGGGUGCUAGCCUUAGUAAACAUAUGUGCCAAAAAUGUUUGAAAUCCUUUAGCAGAAGUGAUAGUUUAGGCAGGCAUAUGAAGAUUUGUAAAGGAGCCCCUAAUGUCAAUCAGCCUGAACCAAAAAAUUUAGAGAAGACCUCCCUAAAAAGGACGAGCUCUGCCACUAACAUCAAUCAGGUAGAGCCAGAGUCUUCGGUGCCAAAGAGAGCUAGACUUGGUUUCAAUAACGAACACUUGGUAAUGCAGGAGGAAGGUGUUUACUUAGUUAAUACCUCUUACAAAAACCGAAUUGCUACAUACCGACUUUUAUCGAAAAAAGAUCCUAUCAGCGUUAAUGAUUUUUUAGCUAAUCUCCGCGAAAAAAUUAUUGCGUUGGUAAGGUGCCAAAUCGAAAGAUUUGGCAAUGUGAAAGUCGGUAUGGAGCUUUUCGGUCGUUUCCUCCUGCAGACAAAGGAGGUAGAGGAGACCAAGUCCUUUGGCUCUAGGUUCAGGGGAGCAAGUCAGGGCACCGAUUUGGAGGAGUUGUUUGAUCAGUUCACCACUAUCAUUAAGCGGAGAUUCCAGGAGUUCAAUGAAAAAGAUAGUGGUUGGACUCUUCAGCAACUCCUUCACGUAGAUGUAAGGGUAAAUAAAAUCAACCCACUAAAAGCCUCAUCUUAUAUACCAUUACCGAAGGAAAUAGAAGCGAAAAGGGCUCGGAAAAUCUAUAGGUUGAAACCAAUGGCAGCUAUUUUUUACUUCUAUUUUCCUUCGAUUUUUUAUUUAUUUUUUUAUUUAUUUAUUUAUUAAGAUUUAGUUACUUUCAUGUUUAAGAGGAUGGGUUAAUUUUAUUUUUGUAUUUUUA